UAGGGAGUAAAUCAGAAAACCACACCACCACUUCCCGGCGGGAAGAAGAAGCAUCUCCUCAACCCGCCUGCGAGAUGCGUCCCGCCGGUGCGGCCUCCGCCUCCACCGCCGGCGAGGAUGGGAACGAGCGCGUGCUGAGCUACGGCGACGUCGUGCUCCUCCGCUCCGACCUUUCCAUCCUCCGUGGUCCCCACUUCCUCAACGACCGCAUCAUCGCCUUCUACCUCGCCCACCUCUCCGCGGCCUUCGAGGGCGACGACGACGGCGACCUCCUCCUCCUGCCGCCCUCCAUACCCUACCUCCUGUCGAAUCUCCCGGACCCGGAAUCCGUCGCUGCCGUCGCUGAGCCGCUCCGCCUUGCCUCCCGCAGCCUCGUCCUCCUCCCUGUCAACGACAACCCCGAUGCCUCGGUCGCCGAAGGCGGCUCCCACUGGACCCUCCUCGUCCUCGACGCCACAAACGGCGCCUCCCGCCCGCGCUUCGUCCACCACGACAGCCUCGGCGUCCUCAACUUCGACGCCGCGCGCCAGCUCGCCGCCGUGCUCCGCCCGCUGCUCCCCGUUGCCGCCAACGGGGCCCCGCUCGUCAAGGGGCCUACCCCGAUGCAGGCCAACGGGCACGACUGCGGCGUCUACGUCAUUGCAUUGGCCAGGGCUAUCUGUAACUGGUGGAAGGACCGUCGAGGGCAGCAGCAGGAGGGUGGAGCAGAUUGGUUCGACACGGUGAGGAAGGAGGUGGACGCCGAAAGCGUCAAGGCAAUGAGGGCCGAGCUGCUGCACCUGAUCGCUCGCCUCAUCCAAGACGAGGAUGAGAAGAAGAACAAGGCCGUUGUAGUUUUCCCUUACAGGCAAGAGUACAUGUUCCAGAUCUAUGAUACUCUACAAAGCGAAACAUGCAGACACAAGUGGAAGAUGCAAAGUCAAGAGAAGAUAACACCUGUGAAGCCUGUAGCCUCCAGGCCUUUCUCCAGUUUCACUUCCUUCUCGAAGCUCUUGAAAGACUUCACUGCGACUGGUUCUGCGAAGAUCACCUCUCCAGGAGAGACUGUUAUAGUUAGGCGGCCGAAGGUAACACGUUUCGCACCGCCACCAAGUGAUCUAUCUGCAGGAGUUGCUGCAAGCAUGUUACAGGAUGCUGGUUUAGAUACCACACGUGAGAAAAUGGUCAUCGAUCCAGAACAAGUAGUCUCCUGUGACCAGAUGACGACAUUCCACGAUAUCAACAAACCAAUUCACAGUGUGAAAACCCGUCUGUCCUAUGAUGGCUACAAUUGGAGGAAGUAUGGGCAGAAGCAAGUGAAAGGGAGCGAGUUCCCGCGGAGCUACUACAAGUGCACUCACCCAACCUGCCCUGUCAAGAGGAAAGUGGAGACAACAGUAGAUGGCCAAAUUGCGGAAAUUGUGUACAACGGUGAACACAACCAUCCCCAGCCCCAUCCACCAAAAAAGCCAGCGUCAUCGGCAAGUACAGAAGUUGUGGUCCCUGACGCCCAUGGCAGCAAUGAUGCUGGAGCAGAAAGCCAGCUAGGAGGGUGCAACCUCGCUCUUGUUUCAGAUCCUGUUGCCGCCGCAUUCAAAAGCAGCUGUUAUUACGUCGAUGAAUUUGGAAACACUAGUCCGGUCUAUCACUGGAACACAAGCCGAAAGGAGAAGCAAUCAAGCAUCGCAAAUGGCCUGACUUCUGGUGAGGCUGCCCCUGCAUUCCAGUCUCCAACGGAAUGCGGGUCGUCUGGGGAUGCAGCAUUCCGUUGGCGCAAGUAUGGUCAGAAGGCUGUUAAUGGUAAUUCAUUUCCAAGGAGCUACUACAGAUGCAGCACAGCGAGAUGCAACGCACGCAAGUUUGUGGAGCGUUCAUCGGACAAUUCGCUGGUAACCACAUAUGAGGGAAAGCACAACCAUGUGCAACUUCAAUGAAGACGAAAGAAGAAAGUACAAUGCUCUAUAGUGCGUUUGUGAUGAUGAU